AUGGGUACUCCCACGCAGAUUGAAGCCCGUGGCCUGCCUCUAUCUCCCGAUUCACUGGCUUCUCUCCCACCUUUCACUUCGAUCACCUUUAAUGCAGAGGAAUCUAGUGAACAAAAGAGCAAACCCGAAGUUGCCAAAACUGGAUUCGGCUCGUCUGCUGCUAUGACAACUGCAGUUGUUGCUGCUUUACUUCAUUACCUUGGAGUGGUCAAACUUUCCUUAGAAAAUAGUUCUCUUCCAGGGGAUCAAGUCUCGAAGGAACUGGAUGUCAUGCAUAUCAUAGCUCAAACAGCUCACUGUAUAGCGCAGGGUAAAGUCGGUAGCGGUUUCGACGUGAGCUCUGCUGUUUACGGAAGUCAAAAGUAUAUCAGGUUUCGCCUAAAGUACUUUCUUCUGCUCAGGUAUUUGGCUUUCUUGUCCUGUGGAUUUGACGCGGUGUUUGCCAUUACCUUGGGAGCUUCAAGCAGCAAUGUCGUGAAGGUCUGGAGUUCGCUCAAUGUUCUGGCCUUGCUAGUGAGAGAAAAUCCACGUGGCGUUCAUCUAGAGGCCAACGAUCCACGAACUACCAAGAUUACUGACUCGGUUUCUAACAUUCAUAUUGGGUAA